GGUCUUGAAUUCUGUGCAAAAAUGACUCCUGAGGUUGCAGUGAAUGAAGACUUGAUAAGAGAAAGAAAAAAGUGUAAUUUUAAUAUAGAAGAGCUGACGUAUAUCAUAGACGGAGGAAGGGAAAGGACCGAGGAUAGAAGGAAUAUAGAAAGCAUUGCAUUUAAGAAAGAAUAUCUAGAAGUAGUAAACAAAGGCCCUCCAGAGGAAUGCCUAAGUUUGAAGGAACGAUACGAGAAAGCAAUCGAGAAGUCCUGCCUAUUUGCAGUCUUGUUCAAGAACUUCGUCGCGACUAGCGAUGUAGAUAUUGAAGCUAUUGGGUCAUCCUUUAUCAGGAGGACAUCAGAUGCCUACCUAAACGAGCAGUCCCCAUUCGCUAUUCACUUGGGGAUGUUCGUAACUACAAUCUUAGGUCAGGGCACGCCAGACCAGCAGGCCGAGUGGCUACCUAGUGCUUUGGACAUGCAGAUUAUUGGUACUUAUGCUCAGACCGAAUUGGGUCACGGUACCUUCAUCCGAGGGCUAGAGACGACAGCAACCUACGACCCAGAGACGGAGCAAUUCGUGCUGCACACGCCAACGCUCUCUGCUCACAAGUGGUGGCCUGGUGGAUUGGGAAAAACAGCCAAUUACGCCAUCGUCAUAGCCCAGCUGUACACCAAAGGCGAGUGUCACGGAACCCACCCCUUCAUAGUUCAGAUCCGCGACAGGGAGACCCAUAUGCCGCUACCUGGUAUCAGGGUGGGGGAGAUCGGCCCCAGGAUGGGGUACAUCAAUGCUGAUAACGGCUUUCUGGGGUUCGACCACGUUAGGAUACCCAGGGAGAAUAUGCUGAUGAAAAAUGCUCAGGUUUUGAAGAAUGGAACUUACGUAAAGAAGUCCCACAAGAAGAUGACGUACGGCACGAUGGUUUUCAUCCGCGUGAUUCUGGUCAACGAUGCAGCUUUCUUUUUGGCGAAAGCAGUCACCAUAGCAGUGCGCUACUCCGCUGUCAGGAGGCAAUGCCAGCCUAACCCCGACGCUCCCGAACCUCAGAUCCUGGACUACAUAACGCAGCAGCACAAGCUGUUCAUUGGUAUCGCAACAGCACAUGCAUUGCAGCUCACCAGCGCUUGGUUGUGGACCACCUUCGCCGCCGUGCAGGCCGAUAUGAGAGAGGGGAACGUCGAUAAUUUACCAGAGCUCCACGCUUUAUCCAGUUGCCUUAAAGCCCUCAGCACAUCAGACUCCCUGGCUCUCAUAGAGCAGUGUCGCUUUGCGUGUGGUGGCCACGGAUAUAUGCUGUCCUCCCGUCUACCGACCUUGUACAGCUUUGUGGCGGGCAUCCGGACCAAUGAGGGGGACUACACUAUUCUGAUGCUGCAGUGUGCAAGGUUUUUGGUAAAGGCCUACGGGCAGACAGAAGCAGGGAACUCUGUGUUUCCAACCGUCUCGUACUUAUCUCACACGGGCUCCGUCGGCGUCGGUGGCUGGGAUCCUUCAUCGGAAGGAAUGGUAUCAUCGUUCCAACGACUUGCUAAAGGGAAGAUUUCUGCGGCUGUGACGAGCAUUCGAAGAAGAUUGGACAGUGGUAUGAACUACGAAGACGCCUGGCAGCUGUCUACGGUCCAGUUAGUGGCUGCAGCCGAGGCCCACUGCCGCGCCGUCAUCUGCAGCACUUACUGGAGUGAAACACAACGCCUGACUGCAUUGUCGUCAGCAAACGUCAGAGCCAUCAUGCAUCAGCUGGCUUCUCUCUACAUCACUUACUGGGCUUUGGAAAGGACUGGAGACUUAUUAAGGUAUUGCAGCAUCAGCGAAGGUGACAUCGUAAGCCUGCAACAGCGGUAUGAAGAGCUGUUGGCGCUCAUCAGGCCAAAUGCUGUAGGACUCGUCGACGCUUUUGAUAUCAGAGAUCAGAUCCUGCAAUCAACCCUGGGCGCGUACGACGGCCGCGUGUACGAGCGGCUGAUGGCGGAGGCCCAGAAGACUCCCCUCAACGCCGAGCCAGUCAACAAGAGCUUCCAUACGCACUUCAAACAUUUCAUGCAGGGGAAACUGUGAAACUUGUAACUGUGAACAUUGUGAUGUCA